AUGUGUGGAGUGGAUAGUAACAAUUCUGCUUCCUUUUCAGGUCAAGGAAGUGGGUCUCGCAGUACAACUACAUUCAACAAAGCUGCCGAUAGUAGACCAGGUAGCUUCCAUUCAGGUGGAAACGACAACACUUCAAUUCCCACUUCGUCGAAGACGAAAAAUCGCCAUCAUGAUACAAGCUCAAACACCACCGAUUCUUCUCAAGGAAGUCAAGAAAAGAAGCUCGAUACCAAAAUUUCUCAGCUCGGGUUGUACGGACGCCAGAAGGAAACAGGGACGAUUCGAAAAUGCCUCGAAGACCUGGUAAUCACCGGGAAAAACAAGCUCGUUUACAUUUCAGGACUCUCAGGAACUGGUAAGACAGCCCUUGCUGCCACUGUUGCUGAUUCCGUAAUCAAGAAGAAUGGAAUCUUCGCCAUGGGCAAAUUCGAUCAGAAGCUGCGUGAUGAGCCGUAUGCUGGUAUUGCAGCAGCUGGACGCCACAUCUGCGGCGAAAUACUGCAUCGUAAGAACUCAUCCGAGCACAUGGAUUUUGAAGAUGUUCGCAAGAUGAUCAUCAAGAAUGUGGGAUCAGAGCUGUCCACACUCGCCAUGAUCCUUCCCGAGAUCGAAGACAUUGUUGGUUCGUCUGAUCUCUUGGCGCAAGACAAUAUCGCCGGUGGCGACUAUGGAUCCAACAAGGAACGUCUCAACAAUGCCAUCCGUACCUUCUUUCGAACUGUUGCAACCUUCUUCAAGCCUCUUGUGAUGGUGUUGGAUGACAUCCAGUGGGCCGAUCUACCGUCCAUCAACCUGAUGCAGGUAUUGAUGACGGACGAAUCCAGCUCCAACUUUAUGCUCAUUGCCCUGUAUCGAUCGAACGAAGUCGACGAGACACACGUCGUGACCAAGAUGAUGAAGACUCUUGACGAGAAGGAGAAGGAGUUUGACUUUGACACCACGAAAAUCGAAGUUGGUGAUCUCAAAAUGGAACAAGUCGAUGAGAUCUUGGUCGAGCUUUUGCAGCUGCCAAGCUAUCGAACUGCCGACUUGUCAGAGAUCAUCCACCGCAGGACAGGAGGCAACGCUUUCUUUGUGCUGAAUUUCAUCGACAUGCUCAAGAAUCAGCAUCUUUUGGUAUACUCGAAGGUGGAAAAGUGUUGGGUAUGGGACGAAACCGAGAUUGAGCUGGAAACCAUCGCAACUGACAACGUUGUGGACAUUUUGAAACAACGGAUGAAGAAUCUACCGAAGCAAAUGCGAGAAGUACUUCAACUCGCAGCAUGUCUUGGUGCCAACGAAGUGUUGGAGCAAUUGAAUCACCCUCUGAUGAAAAGUGGGAGAAAGCUGUCCAUCUUCAAGCGCUUCAACGUUAUCAAAGCGUACGACAGGAACUUGAAUCCAGACAUGGCGUCCACACUUCCAGUCAUGACUGACAAAAAUGCACUAUCAGCAAUGAAAAUUCUGUCAUCCUUGUUGAUUUUGACCUACGUGACGAACAAGGCCGAGCUUCCAGUUGUAACUUCAAAGAUGGCGUCACUUGUGAAUACCUUUGGAGUAUGCGACGAGGCUGCCAACGCCUAUUGUUUUCGAGGGACCUUCGCUACCGAUCUUAGGGUAAUCGACGCACAUGCAAAGUUUGCGAAAGGAAUCAUGGAUCGCUCGAAGGAUCGUUACUCCAAGGCAGCAUCCAAGAUGUACAUAUUUUGUCUGAUGAGUUACACCCGUGAUAUUCGUUGGGUCCAGAAGGGAUACGAGGAGAACUAUCACUACAGUCUACAGGUUGGGGAUAUCCAAAUGGCGUUGUAUUCCUUCAUGAUCGAUCUGUACUAUGCUCUUGUCAGUGGACAUUCCCUCGAGGCUAUUGCAACCGAAGCACGACACAAACUGAAAAGUCUCGCAAGAAUGAAUCGCGGAUGGCAGAUUGGCCUCAUGACGAUUCUAUUGCAAGGAGUAUUGAAUAUGCAGGGACAAUCGGAAGACCCCUUUGUGCUCAAGGGCGAAGCCAUGGAUGAGACCGCAAUGGCUCCUGCGUCGCCUUUUUCCUUGGACGGUGCCAUAAGAAUUGGAUCCAAAGCCAUUAUCUAUGCCUUUUGUGGCAAUCAUCAAGCAAAUGCAGACCAGCAUAUGGAACACGUCCAAAAUGCCGCAAUUCAACUUGCAGGGAACGGAAUUGGCUUUUGGUUCGAGGUCUAUACUGCCAUCUCUUCUUUGCAUUGCGCCCGAUCUGCCUCGGGCCGUCAAUUCAAAAAGUACCAACGAUUUGGACAGCAAACCAGCAAAAGGGUGAAGAAAUGGAUUGCCCAAGGUUGUGCCAACCUGAAACAGCUGGACUUCCUUUUGGACGCAGAGCUGGCCGUGUUGGCUGGCAACGACAAGAAAGCCCGUCAGUGUUACAAGAAAUCCAUUCGGACCGCAGAGAAGAUGCUCCGAGUGAACGAUGCUGGACUGGCAUCUGAACGAUAUGGAGAGUAUUUAUUGCUGGAACAUCAUCAUGGCAACAAGGAGGGCGCCCGAGGCGCCUUGACCCACGCCGUCGAGUUCUAUUCGCUGUGGGGAUCCGAUUUGAAGGUCGAGUCUAUUCGCUCCAAGCACGAAGAGUUGCUCCGGCCGUCGAUUGUAUAG